AGAAAAUGACACCACUAGUUAAAUAUGAAACCGUAGUCAGACUAUAACGUGCACUCAGUCUAUAUUGGCGACACAUAUUUGAGUGCAUAUAAAAUCCAUGCAUAUCUCCAUAACAUUUGGCUCUUUCUCAUUAUACGCAAGCACAUACUUCACCCUCUCCACUCAAAUUCAAUAAAAAAAAAAGAAAAAAAAAAACCCGAAGUUCAAACCAUGUAUCAUUCAUGCACAUUCAGAAGUUGAGUGAGCAAUUUUUGGAAACAAAAACUUUAUGUACCAAUUUUUAGGAGUAAUAGAAUAAACCUUUUAUAAAUGGAGUCUGUCAGUGCCACCAAACUUCAUCCUCCUCAUGCGGAGGAAGUUCCGGUUGCUCCACCGACUAAUCAGCUGUCUAGCCCUCUACGUAAGAUCAUCACCGUCGCGACCCUCGCCGUAGGCAUACAAUUCGUGUGGGCCCUACAGCUCACCAUACUCACACCCUACGUCCAAAUACUCGGAACCCCUCACAUGUGGGUUUCCUUCAUCUGGCUCUGCGGCCCUAUCUCCGGCAUCAUCGUCCAGCCCCUCGUUGGUUUCUAUAGCGACCGCUGCACCUCCCGCUUCGGCCCCCGCCGCCCCUUCAUUAUCGCCGGAACCCUAUCCGUUGUCUUCGCCUCCUUCCUCAUCGGCUACGCUGCAGACCUAGGCCAUUUCCUUGGUAACUCCGACGAAGCCAACCUCCGCCCUCGCACCAUUGCCGUUUUCAUCGUCGGCUUCUGGAUUAUCGACUUUGCCAACAACCUCCUCCAGGGACCGUGCCGCGCCUUCAUCGCCGACCUCGCCGCCGGAGACCACAGCAAGACCAGAACCGGUUACGCCUUCUACACGCUCUUCACAGCCGCCGGGAACAUCCUCGGCUCCGCGGCGGGAUCCUCCGGCGGAAUCCACCGCGUGCUACCGUUCACAAAAACGGCAUCGUGCGACGAGUACUGCGCGGACGUGAAGACGUGCUUCCUCUUCGCCGUUGCGAUUCAGCUAGUGCUGGUAACUGUUACUGUUACGUACGUUAAGGAAAAACCGUUACGAAUAACGGAUUCAGUUGGAAAUGGCGGGAAGGGAGGGAUUGGGGAAUUAUUCGGUGCUUUGCGGGAACUCAAGAGACCAAUGUGGAUCCUAUUGUUGGUGACGUGUUUCAAUUGGUUCGCGUGGUUUCCGUUUUUACUGUACAACACUGAUUGGAUGGGGGUUGAAGUGUACGGUGCGCAGGAUAAGAAGGAGAGGGUGUACACUAUGGGGGUGCACGCGGGUGCGUUGGGCAUGAUGUUGAAUUCCAUUGUGGCGGGUGCCGCGUCGUUGGGUGGCGGUUUCUAAGAUGGCCGAGCAUUCUCGGCGGUAUACGGUGGCUCAUGACGGGGUUCGGGAGCCACUGCCGCCUCCUGCGGGAGUCAAGGCAGCUGCGUUGACUCUUUACUCCUUUCUUGGGCUCCCAUUCGCGAUUACUUGUAGCAUACCCUAUACUCUAGCAUCUAUAUUCUCCAGCGCAGCAGGGGCAGGCCAAGGGCUAUCCCUUGCAAUUCUGAAUCUUGCAGUUGUGAUACCACAGAUGGUGAUGUCUGUGGUUAGUGGACCGUUUGAUAAACUUUUUGGUGGUAACUUGCCAUCGUUUGUGUUGGGUGCUGUGGCAGCUGCAAUCAGUGGAAUACUAUCAUUGUUUUUCCUUCCUUCUCCCCCGCCUGAUUUCACCAAAGCUGCUGCAACCUCCACCCCUGCUGCCUUCCACUAAUCACCAAACAACAGAGUUUGAAUAUCAUGAUCAUGAUGAAUUGGUGGGCUGUUAUAUCCUUCUACUAUUGGUGCUUUCUGUAGAUUUCUAGUAUUAUUGGCUGAUCAUGAUGAUGAGGAUGAUACAGAGUGAAAGUUACAUUUUCUAUAUAUAUAUCCUCAAAGUGGAGAGAUUCAUGGAUCUUGUUCAACCAUACACAUACAGUAAUAAUGCGUGCCUUGUUGAUCAUGCAUGCACCAGUCACAAUUCACAGAUAAGACUCAACAUUGUCUUUCUUUAUCGCCAAGAGGAAUUACUAAAAAGAGAAAGUAAAAUACCAUUGUAGGGUGGGAGUAAAAAGAUAUAUUUUUAUUUAUUUAAUUUAUUUUAGAAGUGAAAUGAUGACAUGGAAAAAUUCAAAUUGAAAAUUGUCAUCCUAAGUUGCUU